CGGGAGUGGGCGUCGACCGGGGGCGGGGGCGCGCCCGGUGCCCGGCCGGCUGUGCCCCACGCAGACCCCGGCCCGGACCCCGCGCCCCGGCUGAGCCCGUCGCGCCCAUUUCGUGCCCAUCUCCGCCCGGGGCCGCGAGAGGCGGGAGGACGGCGGGGGCGAACGUCCGACGGGAGCGGAGGAGGGGCUUGGCCGCAGCCCCCGGCCGUCUUUCUCGGCGGGGCUGGCGGCCCCGGUCACCGACCCUCUCAUUCGUUUUCCCCAGAAAAGCCGAAGGUCUAUCAAGGCGUCCGAGUGAAGAUGACGGUGAAGGAGCUGUUGCAACAGAGAAGGGCGCACCAGGCGGCGGCGGGGGGAACCGUGUCCCGAGGCGGCAGUGCUCGAUUCCCGGCGGCAGGAUCAUCUCCCCAACCAGCACCAUACUUGGAGGGCGAAGCCAUCUCCCCCACCCCCGGCCUCUUCCAGCCGCCUCCGCUGUUCCCCGGCCGCCUCUCCUGCGACGACAGCCCCGGGCUCCCCAUCUGCCUGGACCAGCUCUUCGAGCCCUGCCUCCCACCGGAGCCCCUCGCGGACGCCUCUCUGAACUCAGUGCCAGCAGCCUCCCACUGCCUCCCCGACAACCGCCAGCCUCCCCUCUUCUGCUGCGCUCCGAGCCUGGUUCCCAGCUCUCCCGGCUCAUCAGUGCUCUCCAGCCCUCUGGACUACGGCUACUCCCCGCCACAGCAGCCCGCCUUUGCACCCGGGGCCUACAACCCCUCCCCUCCGCUGGACUCGCGGGACUGUGGGCUCCCCCCUGAGGACUUCCCUUACCCCCACUUCCACGGUCUGCCCCAGUACGACUGCCGCUCCCCAACGGCCGGCUACUGCCCCUCUUGCGGUGCCGACCCAGCGGACGCCCUGCGAGUCUGCGAGUACUUCUCCUACCCGAGCCCGGACGGCCCGGAUUGGCCGACCCCGAUCACGGCCGCGGACGCCUUCUGGACGAGGGAGGUGGACUGGGAUGCGUGCUGCAGUUAGGGGGAGGCCUGGGGAGCCCCAAAACUGCCAUCUCCCCUCUCCUUCUUCCUCCCACGUCCACUCCCCCCUUCGGCGACAAACUCUUCAUAUCCUGCUCAGGCUCCCGGCCGGAAAACCCCCGGCCUGGACCUGGCCCGGAAAGCCAACUCCCAGCUCCUGCCUCAUGCCCUCUCAGGACAGAGAUCCUCAUUUUUGCUAAUAAAUUCUUUUGUAUAACCAGA